UUGGCCUGCGCGUGGUGCAAGGCAAUCGUUAAAUAAAGAAAAGUUUAUUCUUCACUUCGGCAGUACUAAGAGGUUGUUCUUUGAACGCAGACCUCUCAAGUUUGACUCGCACUUUUUUAAUUAUAAAGUUUAGGUAAAAUGAAACUGUUUGUUUUGGCUGUGUUUGCUGCUUUAGCAGUUGGAACAAAUUCUCAAGGCUUCAAAUGUCCACCAAAAGACGGACAAUACGAAGACUCGCGUCAAUGCGACAAAUACUACGAUUGCAUUGACGGUGAAGCUGUCGCCAAACUUUGCCCAGAUGGUCUUGUUUUCGACCCAUUGAUCAGGAAAAGAAACAAGUGCGAUCAACCAUUCAAUGUCGACUGUGGAGACAGAACUGAAUUACAAAAUCCUCAACCAAGAGGUCCUUGUCCGAGAAGAAAUGGUUUUUUCGCGCACGAAGACCCAGCAGUAUGCAACAAAUUCUACAAUUGCAUUGAAGGUGAAUCUAUCGAAAUCACUUGCACCAACGGUCUUCACUUUGACGAAUUUUCUGGUACUUGCGUGUGGCCUGCGUCUGCUGGCAGACAAGGAUGCGUUGAAACCUCAAAUAUUUUAAAAGACGGAUUCUCGUGCCCGGGAGGUGGAGCCUCAAAAGACGCCAACGGUAACAAAGUUGUUCAUCCAAAAUUCGCUCAUCCCACCGACUGUCAAAGGUUCUACGUUUGUUUGAACGGUAUUGAACCACGCGACUUGGGCUGUCAAGUUGGUGAAGUGUACAAUGAGGACACUCAGAGGUGUGACUCUCCAGAAAAUGUACCUGGAUGUGAGGACUGGUACAAAGACGACCCAGCAGCGCCAGCAAGCAAACCAUCCAAGAAGAACUAAGUCAGUUCUUAUAGAGUGAUAUUAGCCGUUAUGUUCAAUAAUAAUUCAACUUGUCCAAAUUUUAUGUAAUAAUUUAUUUUUUUAGUUGUUUUCUAUGCCAAUUACCUACCUUUAUUUUUCAUACUCAAAUUAUUUCUUCUUAUUCUCUGCCCCGUCAGUAUUUUCUUUUCCAUCUACUUUGUUUUUGGUGCUUCCACAAUUGUCAUUGCCCCAAGAUUUAUCAUUGCAUACUUUGAAUUUUUGUAAGAAAUACUAUAGGGUGAUUCUAUGUAUUUAAAGAACUGAUAUGUGUUGUGUGAAUGUGUACAGAACAUUUUUGUACUUCAAUAAACGAAAUUAAAUUUUAAU